UUCAAUUGUGCCUAACUAUUUUUCGUUAAGACAAGCCUAUUUCGAAAAGGAUGAAACGAUAUUGUUCAGUGACCGGAAUAUAUGAUAUUGAGCCUGACUGUUUCCAGCCUUCAUCUUAACCACAUCCAUCUCAACGGAAUUAUAAAAAAACCCUUCUUUCCCUUUCAAUGCACCUCCACAACAUAUAAAUGGAAUUAUUGUACCUAACUUUCAAGCUUUUAUGCGUUUAGUGGCAAGGUGUUUCCGCCCGUCAAAUUACUGACAUGGUUGACCAGGUAAACUAUGGAACUAAACUAAGACACCAUUCGCAGUCUCUAUAUCAACUACAGCAAAUGAGUGUCUGUAUUUUUAACUCACCAUAGUAGUGGAUGACCUUGCAUUUAAUGUCAACCAAUUAUCGUCUGAAUGAGGAGUUGUGAAGGCUAUAGUAAUUCCACUUGUUGACUUCGUGACUUGAUCUUAGCUGGACUACCAUUGAAGAUGGAAGCAUUAGACGACCGUUCCGUUCUAGCAUGGGACUCCUCAACGCUGCGCAACUACGAUGUAUUGUUGCGCAAGACCAUGGAUCGAGGCUAGACAUUAACACCAUCAGAUGCCGACUCAGUGGUCUUAAAGUUAAGCUUCGCGCGUGACACCGAAGGUCAGAGGUUCCGCAUACAGGAUCGUGGAUGAACACUGCUGAACAGUCCCAUACUAGAACAAAACGGCUGUCUAGUGCUUCCAGGUUUUCAAUAGUGAUCUAGCUUAGAUUGACUCGUGAAUUCAACUAUUAAAGUUAUCAUCUGGUUGGGCACCGUUCUGCAGGUGCAUAUCCACAACGUUGGUAGGAUAAAGACAACGUUCUUUACCCACAAUCUGUCUAAUAUUUACAAUGAGAAUGAUGUCAUAACAUCAUUUGCUAUGCCUAAUUCAAAUUAUACACAUCAAUGUCACUUUUGCUUUUUCCUUUUGUAUAGUAAAUUGUUUUAUCCUAAAUGGACGCGGAACAUAGUGAUGAUUGGGGUGUCGGUGGUGAAUUGGAAUUGGCUCAAGACUUCGAAGUUAUCGAUCUGAAUGAAUUUGAUUCUAGUUGUGGUUACGUUUCGGAAGCAGAUGACUCAACAUAUAUCUCUUCGUUUCUUAAUGGUCUCGUAACUGAUGAAACUCUUUAUUCACGAUAUUUGAAUGGGAUUAUCAGUUUUGAUGAUUUGAUGCGUGAAAUGCACCACUCUACUACUGUGGAUAAUGAUUCUUGCCACAGUAGCGAUUCAGACUGUUCUAGCAAAAACGACGAUUCUGAAUAUUCUACACGACCUAGGAGAUCUAAAAGACGACAAAAUCCUGAUACAGUUGGAAAGAAAAAACUGAAAUUGAGAGGACCUCUUAUUUCUAAACGUGCUCGAUUACCAAUUGAGUUAGCACAAUAUCUUGGAGAAGCUGAAAGACACUUGAACAAUGAUGAAUUUGAACACGCUGAACGUAUUUGCUAUCAGAUCAUUGACACAGCUCCCCAAGCUUCCCAACCAUAUAUUGUUUUGGCCGAAAUUAGUUUUCGUCGUGAGAAUCAAGAAAAAGCCAAAGAAUUUUUAUAUCAAGCUGCUCAGAGAAACCCAUCCGAUAAAAAUACUUGGCUUACUCUAGUGGACUGGGCUGAAGAAGCUGAGGAUUUCCCUCUUGCUAUACACUAUGCACGACAGGCCCUUCGAAGAAAUCGAGCUGAUACAUCAUUACGCCAACGUCUUAUAGACUUAUGUCAUGUAGCUGGUCGAAGCAGAGAGGCAUUACAGUUACGUUUGGCCGCUCUUUCAGUUACUCCGGAGUCGACGGGUGAGAAACAAUUUGAAGUUGCUCGAGAGCUAGCCGAUCAAUUUUUCAAACUACUUGAUCCACACAACUCGGUAAAGGCGUAUGAAAAUGCUUUUGAACAAUACCCAGAUCAUGGAACGGAUAAUGAUCGAAAUUCAGCCUUAUCGAUUUUGUUUCAAAUGAAACGUUAUGAUCAAGCUCUAAAGUUUUUCACUUCCUUCUGUGGUGUCAAACUGUAUUUGAAUUCUGGGGAUUUAUUUGAUAUGGACAGACAUUCAUCGAAGUUGUCGUCUGUGGAGAAAUUUAAAAGAUGUGAAUUCCCUGAUGAUAUGCCUGUUGAAUUACAGUUGAAAUUGUUUCUUAUUUUUGCACAUCUGGGACUUGGCCCAUUAGUUGUGUCCCGUGUUGAAUCAACGUACACAAAUGAAAAUAUUGCAAAAUAUUCUAAUUGGCUUUUGGAUAUCGUUGUCGCUUACAAAGAGAAAAAUUUAUACUCCAUAUCGAUUCAGCUUAUUCUGAAACUCAAAAAAUCAAAUGUUACCUGUAAGUUGGUACAAGUUUGGACAUUACUGGCUGAAUGUUAUUUAGAAGCAGGUGAGACAGAAAGUGCCAUCAAAGCCUAUCGCCAUGUCAUAGAAAAUCUUGAUCCUCGGCAUACCGGCGCACGUCUGGGUCUUGUAAAUCUUCUUAGACGCCUUGGUAGGAAUCAGGAGGCUUUAAAGUUCUUAAAUCCCUCAAAUUUAGUUCAGAAAGGUGUUAAACCCGAAAUAUCUUUGACCGAACAGUGUGAUUUAAUUGUACAGAAAAGAGAAAAAUCUCCAUUGAAAUCCAGUCACAGAUCAACUGUUAGAUCAUUUGCUUCUUCUGACUUACGAAAAACUUCAGUUGUUGGUGACAUCGAUAGUGAUGAAUGUUCUGUUGAGAAAGUUUGUCUAGAUAGCGACUGGCUCGAUGCAUCUGCUAACCUUGUCUCCCGUGAUCAUGUGGCAUAUAGAUUAGCCUACGAACGUUGUCGAAUGCUUGAUACACCAGAAAGUGUAGAUUCAUUUUUAGAAGAAGCUUGGGCUUUGCUGUUUAGUGAUGUGACACGUGUUUGCGGACCUAGAUUUACUCAACUUGCCUUAACUCUUGAUAGUGAACAGCAUCGAAAAUUAGUGAUUGACCGACUAGCUUCUGUUGCUCCAGCAUUGACUGAUACAUUAUCUAACCAGAUAGACGCUGAACGCUCAACUACAGAAACAAAUGGUGUAAGCAGCUCAGAUAUUUGGGGAUUAUUUUUGCGUGUUGUGGAUGUGUUACGUGCUCGUUUGCCAAAAUCAUUGCCCCAAUUGGAAACAGCUACUGCAUGGGCUUCUUUAUUACCUCAUGUUCAAGGCAAUGAUCUACGUCGGUUAGCUGCAAGUCAUCUUCUAAUUAGUUCUUCACUUAUUGCACGUCAUGGCACGCCAGCAUUUUUGGAACUACGAAAAAUUCAAAAGCAGUGGAGUGAAUAUAACCAGUAUUGGAAUGUGAUGAAUCUGGCAAUCACUCUUUCACGUGAUUUUAAACAUUGUAGAUUUUUGGAUCGUUUAGUUACUAAAGAUAGUUUGAAUUUGGCUAUCGGUACUAUUGCUAGUAGUGACACUUUGGUUCGAGGUUCAUAUCGUUAUGCUAUUGCCCGACUAAUCAACAUGAGAGAAAAAUUUCCGGACGAUGCACUUCUUACUUUAUUACUCGCUGUUGGCUUUCUAAGUAUGUCCAUGCAAAAACACAUUGGUUCACGUCAUCUUGCUGUUUUACAGGCUGUUGGUUUUCUUGGGGAAUAUAAACGUUUACGUGGUGAUUGUCAGGAGGUUUACUACAAUAUAGCACGUGCUUGUCAUCAACUUUCAAUCACUCAUAUGGCUAUUCACUAUUAUGAAAAAGUUCUUGAUAUGGAGCCUAUUGGAAACAAUCCUGAAGAGAAGUCUCUUACUAAUCUGUAUAAAGAAGCUGCUUUCAAUUUAGCUCUUUUGUAUCGAACUAAUGGGAAUCCAUCAAUGGCUCGUCAUAUACUCCAAAAAUAUGUUGUCAUCUAA